GUACUGAGAAAUAUCCCCACUACUAGCACAACUUGUGAAAUGCCAUUUUAACCAUAAGAUGUGGCUCAGAUUGCACACUUUCUCUCUACAGUUUUCCUCGUCUAUUACAACAACCGGGACAUUGAAAUCUAGAGAUUGUAAUGCCUUGUGUACAAGCAUUUAUCCUCCUGGUUCUACCAAGUCAAAAGAACCUGUUAGCAGAGUGCUCAAGGUAUCUUCCGCGCUUGUAGAAACAGCAGCAUCUAUUGCAGUUGCUGCUACAAUUGUGGGGGCUGCAGCAACUAUUCUUGUAAGAAGAAAUAAAGCUUCUGAAGCAAUUGAGGCUCCGCCCAGAAUCUGUGAGGACUGUGGUGGCUCUGGAAUUUGUGCAGAAUGCAGAGGGGAAGGAUUUGUGCUAAAAAAGAUGUCGGAUGAAAAUGCUGAGAGAGCAAGAAUGAUGGCAAAGAAUGCAGCUACCAGAUAUACAGCAGGGCUUCCCAAAAAGUGGAGCUACUGUAUGAAAUGCAAUGCUUCCCGAUCCUGUAGUUCAUGUGGCGGCGUUGGCAAGUUGACCUAAUUGUUCUUCAUCGGAUGGAUAUUGUGGCAAUGGACUGGGAAGAGAAUUGAAGAAUAUAUAGGCGGUAACUAUAUGCGUAUCCUGAUUAUGUAUAGUUUGUCGAUAGUUGAUCUUUUGGAACAUAGUCUUCUUGUCAUUGUGCUAUAGAUUUAUGUCCAUUUUCAGAACUCAAUUUUUGUGAACAAUUUGUUUGCCCGUAUUGCACUAUGGCAAGCAUUUCCUACGAGAUACAUGGAAUAAUAUGAUGAGAUUUUCAUACUA